AUGAACGAUUAUCUUGAAGAGUAUUUUUUGCAGAACAAUGUGAAAGAAGGGCUAUCACCACCAAUGGGUGAGACAGAUGCAAUAUCCAGCUCGGAAUCGAAGCUAGUGGAUAAUCGGGUAAUAGUAUCAGAUGAGCAGCUCCAAAGCAGCCAAAUCCAGUCUCAUUUAUUGCUGUCAUCUGCUAAAGUAUCCGUAGGAACAGAGACAGUGGUUACCCUUUCUUCAGUAGCUCAUAUAGCUACAGAGGUUGGUUUGAGAAGUUCAGCUUCCAUAGCACCGAGGGAAUCUCACUCCUUAGUAAGCUCUUUGACUCAACACUCUCCUUACUUAACACCUGUGCCUGACACAGUUCAGCCACCCUUGUACACUAUUGUGAGCUUAUCACCAGCGAGUUUUCAGUCCACAUCUGCUUAUUACUGCGCUCCAAGAACGAAACUAACUGCAACAACAACUGAAUUCUACUCAGCGUUUGUUUCACAGCAGAAUCCACCUUUGCCAAUACAGUACCCGUACCUCUCUCCUCAGUCCCUGAUCUCAGCACAGCAGUCAGAAGCUUGGCCAACAAUUGCACAAGCGAUCAAGCAAGGUCCAUCCUUGCCAAAAGUGGAGUUAAUGCAGUUCAAUGGGGUUCCGUUGUAUUUUGCCAGUCGAAGAUUAACUCAGUCCACGGUUUUAAACAGCUCCUUUAUUGAAUCAUCGCUUGGAGUAGUCGCGUUCAAAAUCCAGUGGUGUCUCACAGUUCUUCUGACUAGCAAGUCGUAAUACAGUGAAUUCCGUUUAUGACGUCAUCACGUUAUGCGAUUAGUAAUAAUUAAUUGAAAAUUGUGGCCUUAAUUAGCUAGCGCAGUAGAUAACAUAUUAAACAAUACACUCCCCCAUCUGAAAUGAGGUAUAGUAAGUAUACGAUUUACAAGUAAAUUUAAGAGUUCAGUCACUGUUCAUCAAUAGGCAGUAUUAAUAUUAGGCGCUGUACUGGUCGCUGUACACUUAUAUAGCCUUUUCCUUUAUAUUUAGUUACAGGCUCAUUUGUUAUGUUCUUGUAUUCGACGUCUACUUUCCGGACUCUCCCAUCCGUUCCUGGAUAUGUAUUAGAAACUCUCCCGAUCUUCCAUUUUCCUCUUAACAAGCUCGAGUCCUGUAUAAGAACGAUAUCUCCAGUUUUUAAGUUACGGUGGGAUGUAUGCCAUUUUUGACGUAUCAGCAAACCGGGAAAGUAAUUUUGCGUCCACUUCUUCUAGUAAGAAGAUAUUAUCGUUUGUACGAACGAAAACCGUUUUCUAUUACUCGCUCGCUCGUCAAAGUUCAUGCCACUUGGUAUUCGUGCCGUUGCUCUACCAAGCAAAAGAUCGUUUGGGCAAAGAUAUGCACCGUCAUCAGGUGAUGCAGGGUGCCUUCCUAUUGGUCUUUCAUUCAGCAAGUUGGCGACCUCGUAAAGUACUGUUUGUAACUCUGAGAAUGUUAAGGUACUAUCGCCAAUAGAAGCGUUAAUAGCUCGUUUUACAGAUCUUAUGAGAGCUUCUGUGACUCCGUUCUGCCAGGGUGCGUCUGCGGAUGUAAAGAUCUACUCAAAUCCCUCAGUUAUGCCAAAACCUUUUAGUUUGUUCCAAUCCCAAGUCUUGGUCAUCUUAGAAAGCUCUUUAUUUGCUGCGACGAGUUGGGUACCGUUAUCUGAGAAUAACUUAGAUGGGUAACCAUGUAGUGACACGAAUCGUCUGAAGACCAUUAGGAAUUUGUCUGUACUAUAGUCUGCUGCUAUAUCCAAGUAAACUGCUCUUGUCCCUAGACAGUUGAAUAUCACUUCAUACACCUUUGAUGUUGUCCUUUUCUUUACUUCAUCGCGAAUCUUGUAAGGUCCAAACAAAUCGAUGCCUGUACUGCUCCAUGGAGGGGCUGGUUUCAGCCUUUCAGUUGGAAGGUUGCCCAUUACUUGUUCACUGACUUUUUUAUCAAGUUUUCUACAAACGACGCAUUUGGACUUGAUUGAUUGCACAAGUUUCAACAGUUUCGGGAUCCAGUACCUGGUACGCACUUUGCUGGCUGUAGUUAAUAUCCCAUGAUGCCCUUUUCUGUGUAUUUGCUCUGUAAAUAAACGUGAGAAUGGGUGAUCGUAUGGAAGGAGUAUUACUUCUCUCUUGUUGUAGCUCAUCUCCAUCCAUAACUCGCUUCGUCCUCUAAUCACAUAUAUACCAUCUUCUCGCAUCUUAGGACAUAAUCUUUUGUAAUUCCCGUUCUCGAUAUCCUUCCCCAUGUCUUGUUGAGAUUCUCGUAUCCAAAAUAAUUCAGCCCUUUCCAAAUCAUGUGGUGUGAGAUCACGUGUUGCGUUUUUCAGAGAUGUUUUGGGGUUUCUGUCGUAGAGUUUCAGAACUCUUGCCGUCACCCUUAAGAGCUUGUUAUAAUUUGAGUACUUGGUGAUAUCAAUCCUUCCUGCAAGGGUAUCCUGAAAUCCUUCGAUUUUUAUAGCCAUUGCCGUCUUGACUCGUUCUGGUAGUUGUGAUUCUAAAUAAUUGCGAGUUAUUGGUCAAUCAUCUUCUGGUUGUCGUAGGAAUUCGGGUCCUUUCUGCCAUGCGCUUUCGAGCCCGAUAUCGCUAGGCUUCUUCCCUCUCGUGAGACAAUCAGCGAUGUUGUGUUCGCUCUCUAUCCAGUACCAAUCUGUUUGGCUUGUUCCUUCUUGUAUUUCUCCAAUUCUUGUGGCAGCGAACGUGUUAAAACCGUAGGAAUUUUUCUGUAUCAUAGCAUGUACUAUUUGUGAGUCAACAAUGUGAUAGAUUUUUUGAAAUUGGUAUCUACAUUCUUUCUCUAUGAAGAUCUUGAGACGUUUGUUCAAUACUGCUCCACAUAGUUCGAUACGAUCGAUAGAUAUUUUUUUGAUUGGAGCUAGGCGAUUCUUAGAGAUGAUCAAGUUACUUUCAAAUUGACCAUUUUUCCGUUCCCAGCGUACAUACGCGCAUGCAGCGUAGGCGUCUUGAGAUGCAUCACUAAAUAUAAUGAGAAUAGGUUCUCCAACUGCAUCCGACGGCUUCACGCAUCUCAUGAAUCGUACUUGAUCCAUGUCUUUUAAAUCUUUGAAGAAGGUUAUCCAGUUCUCUCUAUUCUCUUCAGGAAUGGGAUCAUCCCAGUCAAGCUUCUGUUCACUUCCCCAUAAGUGCCGCAUUAGAAUCUUCGCUCUUACAGUGAACGGUCCAGCUAGUCCGAGAGGAUCAUAUACACUAUUGAUCUGUGAGAGAAUCAUCCUCUUCGUGAGUUGUUGAGGGGAAAAUCUGUGGUUACGUUAUUUGUUUGUAAAGCAUAUCUCUUUCUUUUUGGUGAGAACUUGAUCUUGACUUCAAAACAUAGCUGAUCUUCACAUGGAUUCCAUUUGAUCCCAAGUAUCUUUUCGGUCGACGUAUGCGGUGUCUGUACCACGAUCGUUUCUUCUUGCUUGUUAAUAUCUCCCGAGAAUAUCCACUCUUUAACUUGAAAUCCUCCUUUAAUAAUAGCUUUCUCUAUGUCUUGGCUAAGGUCACGGGCCAGUGCAAUGUUAUCUUUGCUUUCGAUGAUAUCGUCCAUGUAAGUGUUGGUUUGAAUUAUGUCUGCUGCUUCCGGAUAAUUCUUGCGCAUCAUCUCUGCCGUUUUCUCAAAUGCUACAGUGGCGAUCGUGCCGGACGGUUUAUCUCCAAAUGACACUCGCUGUAUUAUAUAGGUGUCUGGUUCUCUCGUACUAUCCAUGUCGCGCCAAAGAAAUCGGUGAGUAUGUUGGUCUAACUCCGACGUUUUCACUGUGUGGUACAUUUUCCUAAUGUCUCCCAUGAAAGCAACUCUGUUCUCUCUAAAGCGUAUCAAGACGCCUAACAAGUUAUUGAGCAAAUCAGGACCCUUUGCCCAAUACUCGUUUAAUACGUGCCCCAUAUAGUUCGCACUGCUGUUGAAAACUAUACGGACUGGAGUAGAUUUCGAUUCUGGUUUGAGUACUUCGUGAUGAGCAAUGUAAUGCGUAGGGCCUGUGUAGUUUGUUAAUUCUUCCUCGGAUAGCUUUCUUGCCACAUUUCUUGCCACCAUGUCCUUUAUCUGUUCGUCAUACACUUUCGCGUGAUCUGCGUUCUUUCUGAGUCGUCGUUCGGUAGCAGCUAAUUUCGCCAUCGCUACUUUGCGGUUGUUAGGAAGCUUAUGGGGGUCUUUUAUCCAGGGGCAUUCAGCGGUCCAUGAGUUGUCUUCACUGUUGAAACGUAAAUUCCGCUCAAUUAACUCCAGUUCCCUUUCUUCCUGUAUGGUAUAAUCUUUGGCGCCCAAGGAGCAUUUUCCGCAAUUGCAUCCCCCGCACUUCGGUUUGCACUGUACACCAAGUGCCUCGAUAGUGUAAAAAUCUUCGACAUUGAUUUUGCCUACAAAGUGUACUCUCGCGUUUCCAAGAUUAUGGGUCAUGCACGUUUCUUUAAGCAGUGGGUGAGUUCCUCCAACGCAUCUUCCAAAACGAUUUUUCAGUAGUACAAGAUUAUUUUAUUAUUCAUUAUUCUGUUCCUUUUCCGGGUGAAAGGCGGCGUAUUCAUAACCGAUCAACACAUCAACUGAACCAGCGGGUCGCGCUAUUUCAUCCUUUGAAACGUUUCUAAAUAGGUGGGCGAUGCUCUCUAUGUUUACAUGCUCGAUAUCAGAAGUGAUUUUGUUGAUCCCAUAUACUUCGAAUUCCACGGCUUGACCUCGCUUGUCCAAAAGUGGUAGCUUGUAUUUCAUUGUUUCGAUUUCCUCGUUCUGCCCUCCUAUCUUCACUAUUGAAAGAUUCACUUUGACUCCACUGAGUUUCUCUUGUUUCGCUUUGGCGUUGGUUAUGAAGCAAAGUGAGGCUGCGUUGUCCCACAUUACAUUAGCUGUCCCCUUCCUGGUUUUUACUCUCUGUACUUGGAGAAGACAUGUAUCGACGUUGGAGUCGCUGCAUACAUUGGCGGAGGCAGAAGCUUGCUGGGGUGUACUUUCAUCGUUUUCGUGAAUUGAUGGGUGAUGUUUCCUCGUGCAGCCAUUCACGCCGCAAUCUCUUUUUAUCCUACAAGUCCGCUGCCUGUGACCAGGCUUAAGACAAGCCCAGCAUGCUUGCUUUUCUUUGAGAAAAUCCCUUUUUUCGUCGACUGUCUUAGCUUGAUAAAGUCGGCAAUUUGACGUCCAGUGCUUACCAUUCUCAUGAAUCAGACACUUAGGCCUAGGUUCUUUGAUACUUUCGUCUUUUCCAACUGUGAUACCCUCCGAGUAAUGUGCUGCGCCCUUGUGAUAUUGGUUGCUGCUUCCUGCACGGAGUGUAGCACUUUCGUAUUCAAUGGCAUCCCUUUGACUCUGUAGAAAGUCGAGAAGACUUGGAAAUUUGUUGCUUUUAUCAACAAGACUGUCACGAGAGCUUACCCGUUCGGACCAUUUCCGUUUGAUAUCUGACGGGAGUGCUUUCUCAAUUACGCUGACUGAACUUGUGGUCGUGAUCUCUGUUUCCAAGCCGAGUCCUUUUAGGUUACGAUAACCAUCCUCUAUGAGGGUUACAAAUUCUAUAAAGCGUUUAUCUUCUCCUUCUCUGAGCAUUCUAAAUCGCUUUAUUUCGUCAAUGAUGACAUCGGCAACUUUGGCUGGGUCUCCAUAUUUGUCGUCUAAACGAUGCCACAUCUCGUCUAUGUCGUCGUCUACGCAGUUCACCAAUCUCGCUGGCUUCCCCUUAAGACAGGUGCGUAGGACGUACGCUGCGUCACCUUUUCGGAUUUGAGUCAUAACUUGUUUCUGGAAAUCUCUUUUAAAUUGCGGAUACUUGCGUAGUUCUCCGUCAAAGUGAGGCAUUCGUACUUUUUCUAGUUGUAGAAAGGAAGCUGAGGCGGUAGACUCCCGCUUUGUUUCUUUAGCUUCUUCCACAUUAGUGUAGCUUAGCGCUAUUUUCUCCUUUAUUUCAUGAUAACAGGUUUGGAUUGUAGCGAUCCAAUUUAUUUCAGCUUCUGCUGAGUCUUGAGUUAAUAAUUGUAGUAGUUCUGCGUUUGAUCGUUUGCAUUCCAAAAAUUCUUCUUCAAUUUGCAAUUGUAAAUCUCUCAAUGCAAAAUUGGGAAUUUCUUUAGAUUGCAGCGCGUGCGAGAUACUUUUGUAUGAAGCUUCGAAAACUGCGCGCGCUGUUUUCUGUCUUGUUCGUGCUUUAUCAAUGUAUUCUUGACGCUCCGCGUACGCACGUGUUGAUCUUUCUUUCACAGUGAUUUGUUCCACAUAUUUGAUUUUGCGAUUGGUCGCCUCAUUAAACUUCUCUUGGACUUCCGUCAUCCACACUUCUGCUUCUUCAGACUGAUCGUCUGGCAAUAGCUCGAUGUAGGCUUCAUGUUUGCCUUCGAGUUCAUCGUACGCUUCCGCGAGUUUCGCAUAGUUUGUUUCAACUAUUUCUACGCCUUGGUUGUUGUCUAUCGACUUGGUGAGGAAGUUCUUCUUUCUUGUGAAUCUUCCUUUAGCUGUUGUACGCUUGCCUUUAGCCUUCUCGAUUUCGGCUGCGUUUUCCAUCUUCGCUUAUCCAGUUGUCGCUUUGUAGCAGACCACCGUGGAUUUUGAAUAUUUUGCCAGUCGAAGAUUAACUCAGUCCACGGUUUUAAACAGCUCCUUUAUUGAAUCAUCGCUUGGAGUAGUCGCGUUCAAAAUCCAGUGGUGUCUCACAGUUCUUCUGACUAGCAAGUCGUAAUACAGUGAAUUCCGUUUAUGACGUCAUCACGUUAUGCGAUUAGUAAUAAUUAAUUGAAAAUUGUGGCCUUAAUUAGCUAGCGCAGUAGAUAACAUAUUAAACAAUACACGUUGGAAUAUGCGGAGUUUGUCACGAACUUUAGAGAUAACAUUGAGAUCAAGUAG